GCACCCCGUUAAGAAAAACCACAGUAUACUUUCUUCAGCAACGCACCAAACGCUUGUCUUAACUUAGCCAUUACUCUUCUGCUAUUUCCUUAGCUCCAUCCAAUAUCCGUCGCUGUACUCUACGCAAGCAAAUGGAAGCAAAGAUCAACAAGUUCUUCGAUUCGGUCGGCAACUUCUUCUCCGGCGGCGACCAGAUUCCUUGGUGCGAUGCCGAUAUCGUCGCUGGCUGUGAGCGUGAGGUUGCAGAUGCUGAAAAAGGUGCUUCUGAAGCAGUUAAAAGUGAAUGCCUAAUGCGCUUGUCUUGGGCUCUUGUUCAUUCAAAGCGUCCAGAAGACGUCCAGCGUGGUAUAGCAAUGCUAGAAGCUUCUCUGGGUGUCAGCAGUAGUCCACUGCAACAGAGGGAAAAGCUUUAUCUUCUGGCUGUUGGUUACUACAGAAGUGGGGACUAUCCUAGAAGCAGGCAGAUUGUGGACCGUUGUUUGGAGAUUGCACCAGAUUGGAGGCAGGCAUCGACCUUGAAGAAGACAAUUGAAGAUAAAAUCACUAAAGAUGGAGUGAUUGGCAUUGGCAUUGCUGCUACUGCUGUUGGCCUUUUGGCCGGUGGAAUUGCUGCCGCACUGUCCCGCAAGAAAUGACCCAAUCAUGUAAACAACUAAUGUGCAUAACAAACACCAUCUGCUAUUCUGUUCAUCGGUCCAUGUUCAGGUCCCAUGAGUCUACAGUCCACCUUGAGAGACCACCCUGUUUUAAAGCUUUUGGUCCGUCCAGCCUGGUAGGACCAUGAAAUGUAGAACCCAACUUUCAGUAUAGUUAACUGUUGUUUCAUGCCCAUUUUGAUGCAUAAUUACUUACAUUUAAUAAUUUGGCUAGUGCAACAUCAUCUGUAACAGUCAAAUCUAUCUUCUCCAGUUCUCCUGUGUCUCUGAAUUUUGUGAUAUAAUUCCAUCUUCUUUUUCUGGCUUCUGGUA